AUGACAGUGUUAUUCAUAAGACAAAAUGAGAGCGACGAAAACGGUUCAUAUCCGUUAUUCGGGCCAUUUGGUAUCGCGUUUUACGACGUCGAUGAAGGAAAUAUAGUAGAUAAUACCACGUACGCAGUCAAAAUAGUUCUAAGUGUAUGUCUAAGUAUUUCAAUGGUGUUGAGCCUCAUUGGCAACGUUACGGCUAUAGCUGCAUCCUCUGUCUUCUUUUGGUUACCGUACUGUGUGAUGCGAGUAAUGACGAUAUAUCCAAACUUUGACUAUGAAGAUAACCAAACCGUAUGGAAGAUAGUUAACUUUUUAUGCUACAACGGAUACGUAUCGUCAGCAGUGAACCCAAUUCUGUAUAGUUUGAUGUCACGAAAAUUUCGGAAGGCAUUCAAUGUUCUCUUAAAGGGAGGGCGGACGUUGCAACGAAGCGGAAAAAAAAUAAGCCUUAUUACACAGAAAAAUUUAGACGUUACAAUAAUAACGUCAUAG